AGAAGAGACUGUAGGCCUGGAUGUCUGAAAGAUUUCAUUUGUUCCUUUUAAAUUUUCAGAUCUUCCUUACUGUCACAGCUGACCUGAACUGUAAUCUGUUCUCUAAAGAGCAGAGGGAACACAUAACCACUCUUUGCCCCAAUGUCAGAAAAAUGGAGGGCUAUGAUGGAAUUGAGAAGGUGUGUGGUGACUUCAGAGAUAUUGAAAAAAUACAUGGCUUCUUGAGUGAGCAACUCCUAAAAAGUGAGCAGAAACAGGAAUCAGCCCCUUUGACAACAGAGAGGGAGCCACUCCAUCAGCAGGACCAGAACAGCUGUGUUUCUCCCUCUGAACCAAGAACGAAGUCAGAAGAAAAAAGCAGAGGUUACACAGUUCCCUUGCCUUUAUUUGAAUACUUCAAAAAUAUCUACCCUGAAAAAAUAAACUCGAUAGAGAAAAGAUUUGGUGUAAAAAUAAAAAGCCAGGAGAGUUCUCCGAAUAUGGUCUCUUUAUACUUCACCUCAAGUCAAUCAGGUGACCUCAGAGCAGCCGAAGAGACUUUUGUCAGUGAAUUUCAGAAAAGCAUAGGAAAUAUGGAGCAGGAAUGUGUUGCAUUAGCAGACAAGAAGCAGGCAAAUAAAGUCAAUCAGGGAUUUUAUCACCAACUUAAAAAGCUUUUUGUAAAGGAGAACGAAGGAGAAUUACCUCUCCAUGGGACCCAAGAUGACAUUUCAGCUGCUGGACAUUUUCUUGCCCCCCAAAUCUCUGAAAGUCUUGUCAAGGUACCUGUGAAAAUAUUGCCUCCUACGUGCAUGAUGAAUGGAAUUGAGGUUGACAUGGCUCACUAUACGUUUUUAGAAGCUGAAUUACUCCAAGAGAAAUCCAGUGAGGAUCAUGAAACACCCAUGGACGUUGAUAGUAAUGAUUCAGAAACAUUUUUACCAACAUCCCAGCACUCUGCCAGUUCUGGGGCAUCAGGAAUGAACAAGGAAGAGGAUAUGUGUGUCAUCUGUAUGGAGCCCAUUAAUAACAAGUUAGUGCUACAAAAGUGCAAGCACAAAUUCUGCACCCCUUGUAUCACCGAAGCCAUGACAUAUAAGCCAGUCUGUCCUGUGUGCCAGACUGGUGUAGACUUUGUGCCAAAUCAAGGAUCAAUUACUUUUAUUGGAUUGCCAAAUCACAUCGCAAAGGCAAAACAAUAUGUCUUAAAAACAGGGGGGAUGUCCCCAUUAGCUGGAGAGAAAUCCAGUGAGGAUCAUGAAACACCCAUGGACGUUGAUAGUAAUGAUUCACAAACAUUUUUACCAACAUCCGAGCGCUCUGCCAGUUCUGGGGCAUCAGGAAUGAACAAGGAAGAGGAUAUGUGUGCCAUCUGUAUGGAGCCCAUUAAUAACAAGCUAGUGCUACCAAAGUGCAAGCACGAAUUCUGCACCCCUUGUAUCAAGAAAGCCAUGACAUAUAAGUCAACCUGUCCUGUAUGCCAGGCCGUUUAUGGUGUCCAGAAAGGGAACCAGCCAGAGGGAACGAUGUCUGUCAAUUACAUUAGAGAUUCACUUCCAGGUUAUGAAAACUAUGGCUCCAUCGUGAUUAAAUAUGAUAUGAGAGGAGGCAUACAAACAAAAGAGCACCCAAACCCAGGAAUGCCAUAUUCUGGAACACAGCGAACUGCAUUCUUACCUGCUAACGAGGAAGGGAAGGAGGUUUUGACACUGCUUCAAAAGGCCUUUGCCCAAAAGCUAAUUUUCACAGUGGGGGAUUCUCGAGUUUCAGGAAUGUCAGACGUCACUACAUGGAAUGAUAUCCACCACAAAACCUCCAUGAUCGGGGGACCAGAAAUGUAUGGUUAUCCUGAUCCUAAUUAUCUGAAACGCGUCAAGCAGGAGCUGAAAGAUAAAGGAAUUGAGUAAGAAGACUGCUGGAAGGAUAUUUUGAGCCAAGCGUUCCAAAGACACAGUUGAAAAGGCAGAGUAAAUACCAAUCUAAAUCUUAAUGUAGAAACAACCUUUAAAAAUACUCAUCUCAAGGGGAUUCACGUAAGAGUAAGAAUCUGAUAGUCUGUCAUUUCUGGAGUGUCACUUUUUAUAGAAGAUAAAAGCCCCAAAGAUCUAUGUGAUUUUUGCUGCAGAGGUGUUGUGCCUCAUUCUUGUGUCAUUGUUGGGGGGAAUGGAGUGCUGUGGGUCUGAAAUCAUAUUCUGUGCUCUUCAGUUGAAAUACUAGCUGCCAGUUGAUCCUUUUUAAA